AUGAGGCAGAAAAUGCAUUACUGGAAACAUUUGUCUCACAUUGGAUCUCGCAUGCUGGUCGCUCGCGUCUUACUCCUGCUGUUGGCAACAGCAGCGGCACUAGCACCAGCUUUCCAAGUAGAGGCAGCAGGAGCAGAAAGAGCCGAGGAGGAACACCCACGGGACGAGAGUGUCGAGCCUACUAUAGUAUGGCCCUCAGAUGUACACUUACAGGUGCCCUCUUCGCCCUCAAUUCGACGAACGCCUUCCGUUACGCCUGUUUUGGCCGCUGCUCUGUUGCUUUCUCUGGCAGUGGCGGUAGCCUCAGGAGCAGCAUUUUAUUUCUUGAAGAAGCCUUUGGCACCCGAGCCACUCCGCCCUCCUUUACCUCUAGAGGAUGAGGAGGCUCUUAGAGCCAAAGCGUCUCGAGUGCAGCUGCCGGAAGGCGUGGAUAAGACCUCUGCCGGUCGAUUGUUUGGAGCGUUUUUGGAUUUGAACGACGUGGAGAGCAAGCCUAACGCGGUCUUAUCGCCAUUGUCGAUUCUCUCAGUGUUGUCCAUUGCCGCAGAGGGGGCGUCCGGGCCUGACGCACAAGCGGUGCGCGAUUUGCUCUCAGAUCCCACAGUGUACAGACUUCCUGAAGCGCUAGAAGGCUGGCCACAUGCAGAACGGUUGAAGAGUAUAAAGCAAUAUUUGAAGGACGAGGCUCCUGUCAUUGAUAUGCUUGCCGAGGUAUAUGUGGAUAAGGGUCUGGAAGGCGCUCCCGGACUUGAUGCAUUCACGCAGCGUAUCAACAUGCUCCUAGGAUAUCCAGCCCUUCAGACUGUGCCAUUCACUGAAGAGCAAGCGGAUUUGCUGAACGAAAGGGUCUCCAAACUCACUAGGGGAAAGUUGACCGAACUCUUACCCGCCUCCGCUAUUACUCAGUCGCGUCUCCUACUUUUGAACGCCGUGUAUUUUAAAGCUGGGUGGCGUACCCCCUUCGCACCUGAAGACACAAAGAAAGACAUUUUUAAAGCCCUCACCAAAGAUGGUGUAAAAGAAAAGCAGACAGACUUCAUGCAUGGGAUGUUGGAGGCCGGAUCGUAUCGUAAGUGCACAGUGGGCUCGGUGCAAGUUCUGGAGUUGCCCUACAACUACCCUGGGGCGUCAAUGUAUAUUUACGUCCCGUCUGACAUUAAGGAAUUUGAGGUUCAAUUGCGUGAGGAUCCUUCUCUUCUCUCUAACCUCGUUGACCAAUCCAGAGGGGCCGAUGGUGCGCAGUCUAGCGAGGGUUUAUCUUCCGCAUCGCUGGAACUUGCUCUUCCCAAGUUUCACCUAGAGGCUGGUGCGAAUAAGACGGAAGUUCUUAAGGUGCUGCGUAAGCUGGGUAUAACCUCCUUUCUGGAGCAACCAGGCACCGUCGAUGGAAUAGCGGAGGGCGUAGGACUGCGUGUUCAAGCAAUUCAACAUCAAGCGGACCUGCAGGUUGACGAGGAGGGGACCGAGGCUGCAGCCGCGACCUUCGCAACGGUGCCAGAUGGCCCCAUGCCUCGUGUUGAAUCUACUAGCAUGAAAAUUGAUACGUCCUUUCUUUUCGAGAUAAGGUUGCAACAGGGAACGGAGGCAGCGCAUGACCUGGUCCUCUUUGCCGGAAGAUUCGCCGACCCAGACGCUGAGUGA